AUGGAGUCUGUGUUGGAGAAUCUGAACUCGCUGGUUGCGUCCACCGCCCACGGGGAGGGAUUUGUUCUCUUGCUUCUUCACCUCUACCCUCUCUUCCAGUACCCGCAGACCAGCUUCGAGAUGGUCCAGACGCACCUCGACACUGUUGGCCGGCACAUGAGCCACGCCCAGAUGUACCGACUCUUUGCGAGCGUUCUGAUCCACUUCUUUGACACACCACUCCAACCCUACCAGCAGGCGCACCUUCUGAGUCGCUCGACCGCUGAUUUCAUCAUACGCCGCUUUAGCCUCUGCACGUUCCUCUCCAAGUUUCUCGAGUUCUUCCUCGAGGCAGUUUUGGAGCCAGACCGACUGUCUGGCAGGGGCGGGGCGGCCGGUACUCGGAAGAGCGUCUUCAGACUGAAAGAAUCGGAGAGCAUUCUGGGACUCCAAACGCAAGUAUCGGAGGUUCUCCCGCAGUCUCCGCUGUACGACGAGCAGAAGAGGCAGUCUCACGCGUCGGACUUCACGUUUAGCGUGGACCUGUCGGAGGCCGGGGGAGGGGCGGGGUAUCAGUCCGAGGGCGAGACGAGCAGUGGGGGAGACUCCGAGGGAGAACUCCACCCCGAGGCCUCUCUCCUUGCCAGGAGCGGAGUGGUUCUGGGGUCGGUUGGGCCGAACAUGUACGACAUUCACGAGGAGGAAGACGAGGAGGGAGACAAUAAGGGGGAGAGGAUUGAGGGGCCUCGGGAGAGAGGGGAGGGGAGUCUGAGGAUGAUGCUUCUUCCGCAACUCUCGCUCGGCGGACAAGAUGCCCACGACGGGACGGAACAGAGGAGACCCCAGAGAAACAGCAGGACAACGAGAGAAGUCAGUACGGGGGACGCGGACGCCGACAGAGAGCAAGAGUCCUCCCAGAGCACUGAGAGGAUUCCGAAAUCUUCGUCCACGAGUCUCCUCACGGCCUCACUGGAGAGCCCCGUGGCCACAUCGGGGAACACUUCGACUCUGAACGGAGGAGAGUUGCCGACUCUGGAGGACUCCGUACGUACCCUCAGUACAGACUCUCACAGUGACCCGCUCACCUCUCGCUCUGCUGCUACCGCCGCGAGAUCAGAUGGCGUAAUGACGAAAUCUGCUGGCGGGAGAGAUGGUGUCGAAUUUCAGGUGGGAUUAGAGCGAGGGGAAGAGGGGGAAGAGAGAUUGAAGGGUGGGUUUGAAGAAGGAGAGGGAGAGAGGGAAGGGACCGUGCCCAGGGAGGCGGAGGAUGAGGAAGAAUCGAGCGAGAAGAAGACAAGCGAACUGAGAAACGAUCCUGAAACGACGGCCAUCAACCAGAGAAUAGCGGAAGUGGCGGGGGACACCCUCUGCUGGCUGAUGAGACGACUCGGGCCCCUCCUGGCUACCUGCCACAUCGUAUCUCCGUUACUGAACGGGAUUCACCGCUGUUUCACUGGGGUCGUAGGUCGACCACCCAGACAUGGACCAGUGCUGGGGUGCCUCGCAUACAUGGCUGAGUUGUAUGGGGAGAAAGUUCUCGUCAAGCUAUACCUACCUCGAGUGGAAGGAUGGGUUCUCUCGGCGACCAAUCGUAUGUCGGUGAAGGCGGAGGCAAACCUGGCAGCGUCACUGGCUCUGGUCAAGCUCAUAACCAGACAUAUCUCUGACCUGAAACUGGAGGAAGUCACCUCUUCCCUCUGCGAGGCAUUCUUCAUCCCACUCAUCCAGCUGCUCUCCUCCCAAACCGUCUUCCCCAGCGGCGGCGAGGCCCGGGCCACCGUCUGCCACUCUCUCGUCCUCCUCCUCCUCCACACCGGUCGUCGGCUCGGCAGAGAGAGAUCUCUCCGUCUCCUCCUCGAGACACUCCGACUCUUCUUCACCUGUUUCGACGGAGUCUACGGCGCCGGGGGGUCGGAGGACCUUCGUACCAGCGCAGGGUCUCGGAGCCGCUCCGAAUCGGCUGCAACGUCCAUGACAUCCAGUCACGGCAGUUUCUCCACUCAGUCGUCGGCUCCGGGGAAACUCCGUGGGGCAGCUGCUGGUGCGACGGGAGAGAGAGGGAGAGCGGUGACCAACUUUGUAGAGAGUGCACGACUCCCCGAUUCUCGCAAGACAAACUUUGUCACCGCCAAGAAAAAGACGGUAUCCCUGGAGGAACAAGACCCACCUGGAGGUUCUCGUGACGGGAAAGGCUUUGCCAGACCAAAGCCCCCCACGUCUUCUCCCAGCACGCAAGACAUGGCGCUGGAACAACUGCAGGAGACGUUUACGCCGGCCAUGGCGCACGCAACGUACAUCCCCUUCUGCAAGCUCCUGGGGCAGAUCAGCGUGAACAUGGAGCUGCGAAACACGGAGCUCAUCGAGCACAUGGCGUACAGCUACGACGACCGCGCCCGGGAGGAGAACCGCCCGCUGCCGAGCGUGUUCCUGCCGUCGGGAGACAAUCGCUCGAGCUCCGACUCGGGAAGCGAGGAUUCCCUGACCGACGACACCGCGCGGACCGGGGAAGAGGAUCUGGUUCGAGACGUGACUGUAAAGCUGGGGCCGGUUUUGGCCAUGCAGCAGAAGAGGGGUCUUGGUGGUGACGCCGUGAGUUUUGGUCGUCCGAGUUGGUUCAUCGAUCUGCAGCAGGAGGUGGGGACUGGGGACAUUGGUGGAGGAUCCUCUCUCGGUCCCAGUGAUGGUUCUGGGGUAGAACGGGGUAACGAGAGUCUGGUUGCUACGACCGGAGUAAGCAGCGGGGGAGGAGGUAAUGGUGGAGUAAGUGUGUCCGGAGCGGGGGAGGGUGUUACUCGGAGUGUUGUGGUAUCGGGAGGAGGGGAAGAGGGAGGGGGGAGGGGUGGAUGGAGGGAGUGAGAGGCUCAGCAAUGGCCACAGCGUCAGGGAUACUUGGUCUCAUCCAGAACCGUCCGACUCAAGAGAUGCCUCACGGGCGAGGGGCAAAGGGCAACGAUCUGACUCGUCACUCGAUCAACUUUGACAUGAAGUUCCAGUCAGUGCUGGCCUCUCAGCAACAGCAGCAGCUCAGCUCUCACAACUCCAUUGAUGGAGGUGUUGAAGAGACUGACUCUCAUCUGACGGGACAAUGGAGUGAUCUCUGGGAAUCAAGACUGCACCAGUCACCCCACCAUUUGGAGAACUACACACAUUUUAUGGGCAAAAAGUUGCAGAUAUACACAGGUCACAAGGGGGCAGUCCGCAGUCUCGCAGUCUCCGACUCGGAACACUUCUUCCUCAGUGCCAGCAAGGACAGGACCGUCAAACUCUGGUUGCUAAGGAACCAGGGCGGAGGCUCCACCCCCCAGAUCUCCGCCCACCUCACUUACUCCCAGCACCAGAAGCCGGUGUCCCAAGUGGAGCUGGUCCCCACCACAGGAGACAUUCUCUCCUGUGAUGGAGCUGUUCAUUUGUGGGAUCCAGAAUUUGGCCACACCAUCCACCAGUACUCCUCACCCCGAGGUCGAGAGUUCGUCGCCAUGACGACCUUUUUACCCCCACAACAGGUUGCCAUCGUUGCAACCAACGACCCUGCCAUCAGAUUCAUUGACUUCAGGACUGACACAAUUCAGCACAUGUGGAAAAUCCACCCCUCAUUUGGAAGUCUGGUGAAGUGUUUGUGCUGUGGAGACAACUGGGUGGCAGUGGGCAGUACGGGAGGAACAGUCAGUACUCUGGACCUGAGGAUGGGUGCUCUCCUUCACCAGUGGAGGCCCAGUGAAUUCAACCUCGUCCCGACCACGACAUGGAAUGAGAACCUGUUCCAGCUGCUGUCCACUCGCCAUGGUAACCUGGUCACCAGUGUCGGGGCUGGCACCAUGCACCUCUGGAGACCCUCCACCGGGAAACUCCUCUCCCACAUCAGAGGCCUCAGAUUAUACAAUUAUAAGUCCCCCUCUGGAGGUCCAGUACUGAGCAGCCAUUGUUUCUGGUCAGUCGUCAACCACCCCAUGCUGGACUACAUGGGUCAGCAGUUGAUAUCCGCCUCCUCCAAUGGUCAAGUGGUCGUCCACAACUCCUUCGAAAGAACUAAAGAUCCAAGUUCGACACUGUUCUGGGUGACAAAGGUCAGGAGCAAGGAGCUGAAAGGGGGUGUAGUCUCCAUUGCAACUCUACAGGAGAAGAGACUGCUGUUGCUAGGCAGCGAGAACGGACAAGUUGUCCUCAUGUCAUGACUAUUAUUUUUCCUUUCACUGAGAAAUUAUACUGUUCCUGUAUGUGUCAUGUGUCUAUUUCUGACAAAAUUGAGCAAAAAUGUUAGAGUAUGAAAAAUUUUGUGACCACCCCAACCUUCAACUACAUCAGUCAUUAGGUGAAGAUACAGCGUGAUGGCUUGCUCUAUAAUACAAGGGGCUUGUUGGACUAUAACACAACACACACACACAAUACACUAUUACACUGCACCAUGUGACACCGGUAGGGGUCAUAAUGGUACUGAGAUCUCAUGAGUGAUUUUUGCAGUCCAUUUGGGUAGAGAGGGAGUGUGUGUGUAUGUUAUGCGGACUGUAUGCAGAAGACUGUCACACUACAUCUGAGACCAGACAAUGCCCAUGAGGUUCCUGUUCUGUUCCAUCUCCUGGGUGAUCCGUUCCGGUACCUGGUGUUGGAACCAGACCGUGUCCAGCUGCUGCACACUCUCCUCGCUCAGUAGCAGAGGAGAGCCUCUCCUGAGUGGGAGGAGAGGGAGGGGGAGAGUGGGAGCAGAAAAAGGGAAAAGAGAACAUCAACAACAGCAUACAUACGUACCUUGAAUACGUACCUUCAGCAACCCCUCAGUCAAAAAUUUAAUAAUUUAUGUGC